GGUGCCCAAUUGCAUUCAUUGCACAAGGGAGACGCACCUUCUCCCCUUUGGGAGGAGGGCCCGUCUUGGGGGGACGCGCCCCCUUUAAGCAGCCCCUGGGAGCGGGGCAGUGGCGACGCGAAGCUGGGAGGUGGGCGCCGAAAGCCAGGCAGACCCCACUUGAAGAUGCCGCCAGGGGAGGAGAAAAGAGGAGGAGGCGGCGGCGGCGGCUGAAGCUGCGGUUCCCUAAAGCGGCAGUUCCUCCUCUUCCUCCCCGUCUCCGCCUUCCUCCUCCUCCUCGCUCCGGAGGCAGCAUGUUGAGCCGGGUGCGCUCGGCCAUGGCGCAGCUCGUCGGGGGGCUCGGCAGCUCCAGCCAAGAGGCAGCCUCGGCCUCCCCUCCGCCGCCCGCUCCCAUCGCCGGCUCUGUUCCUCCUGCUGCUGCUGCUUCCUCCUCGUCCUCUUCCAGCGCUGCCAGCUCCUGCAAACGGGAUCCGGCGGCCCCUCCGCGCCGAGGCAGCUUCUCGAGGCCGGGUUUCCUGCAGCUGACGGCCGAGGAGCUGCUGCAGGCGGACGACCACUCAGGGAGAGCCGUCCAGAGCCCACGCGAGAGCCGGCGCCGCCUGCCCUGGAGCACCGGCUACGCUGAGGUCAUCAAUGCUGGCAAAAGCCAACAUAAUGAGGAUCAAGCUUGCUGUGAAGCUGUGUUUGUGGAAAAGAGAAGAGGUCCAAGGACUAACCCAGCCCCUAAGGAAACUUCUGGAGAUCUGGAAGAGGGCAGCAAAGGCCUGUGCUUUUAUUACUGGGGUUUGUUUGAUGGACAUGCUGGAAGUGGAGCUGCAAUCAUGGCUUCCAAGCUGCUUCACUUUCACAUCCGGGACCAACUGCGGGAUUUGGUAGACAUCUUGCAAGAUCCAUCCCCUCCUCCAAUCUGCCUACAGGAUGGUUCUAGGACAUUUGCAGCAGAACCAAAUAAAGCUCCUAUUGCACAGGAAGACGUUGAGGUCCCAAAUAACGCCCUGCCACGCUUCCAUAUGGAAAAGGUGAUUUCUCAUGAGAGUUUAGUAGUGGGAGCCAUUGAGAAUGCCUUCAAGCAAAUGGAUAAUCAGAUCGAGCAGGAACGGGUGACCCGGCAAACGUCAGGCGGCUGUUGUGCCCUAGCUGUUGUCUAUCUCCUGGGAAAAUUCUAUGUGGCAAAUGCAGGUGAUAGUAGGGCCAUUGUCAUCCGUAAUGGGGAAAUCAUUCCAAUGUCCCGGGAGUUUACUCCAGAGACAGAGAGGCAAAGGCUACAGUUUUUAGGCUUUUUGAGACCUGAGUUACUGGGAAAUGAGUUUACUCACCUCGAGUUCCCUCGAAGGAUCCAGCAGAAGGAACUGGGGAAGAAGAUGUUGUACAGGGACCAAAAUAUGAACGGCUGGGCAUAUAAAAAGAUAGAAGAAGAUGACCUGAAGUUUCCACUCAUAUAUGGAGAGGGUAAAAAGGCUCGAAUGAUGGCAACUAUUGGAGUGACUCGAGGCUUAGGGGAUCAUGAUCUCAAGGUAUACAGCUCCAACAUUCACAUCAAACCUUUCCUGUCCUGCAUCCCAGACGUCCGAAUAUAUGACCUCACACAGUAUGAGCACUGUCCUGAUGAUGUGCUGGUGCUGGGCACAGAUGGUCUCUGGGAUGUCACCAACAAUCAAGAGGUGGCCAAUAUUGUAUUUGAUGUCCUUAUGCGCUAUGAGCCCAAUGAUCUUUGCAGGUACACUAUGGUAGCCCAGGAAUUGGUGAUGAAAUCCCGAGGCAUUCUGAAGGACCGUGGCUGGAGGCUGGCCAAUGACAAGCUGGGGUCUGGAGAUGAUAUCUCUGUUUUUGUUAUUCCUCUGGGUGGACCAGGAAACUACACCUGAACCUCAAGUCUCAAAGCACAGGCUCAUGACACUGGACUGCAAAACACACAGAGCAACCCAUUGCACAAGUCAACGGGAAGUGUUCAGUUUCUUGCUGCUGGAACAUUUGCACUCCGAGAGUCUUUCUGGAGUGGUUUAGAAAACUGUAAGACUGCAACUUCAGCCCUCUUCUCACUUUCAAUCUUGCUGCAUCUCUUUGAGACAACAGGAGACACAGCCCUGGGCCACAUUCCUGUUAACAGCAAGGAUGUCAAAGCAAAGUCAUCUCUCUCAGGGAGUAUCCUUGGCAGCCCUCAAGACCAAUAGAAACACCACACUCCUAGGUCUGCCUUGAAAUACGUGAUUUUGCCCUCCUUGUCCCCUUGCACUGCAUUGGAAGAUUGGAUAGAAGUGUUGGAACCUACCUGAUCCACUGCAGCAUUUUGUCAUGCAUACAUACUUCUUCCCCAUGGUUACAAAGAAGCAGCUGAACUUCCCUUUGCCAGGGACUAAGAACACUUCAUCAUAACUGAUUAGAUUGACAGUUGUGCCUCCUUUCUUAGGAUGUAUUGCCUUGCCCCAACAAUCAGUCCUUACUGCAAAUUGCUGAAGUAUGUGCUUCUGACAGGCUGAGGAUUAGCAUUCCUCGAGCAGUAUUUAUAGCUUUCACUCCAAACCGCUCCCUGCGCAGUAAGGUGGAUGCUGAAUAAGCAUUUGUUUAUUUAUUUAUUAUUUAUUUUUUAUUACGUGCAGGGAUUUCGCACAAUGGUGAACAUUGCUGCAACUUAGCCAAAUGUGCUUAUUUUUUUAUAAAGCUACCUCCAAGCUACAAAGGAGAGAUUCAAGAGAUUCUAGCUAUAAAAAAACAUUACUGAAAAUCCACUUUAACUACUGAAAGUUGGGUGCAAAAAUGAAAUCUGGGCUAAUUUAAAUGGCUUGCCAUUACAUCUGUUGUGGAGAGGGAAAGCAGCAUAUUAUAUACAUAAAAGAAAGCUACCUCUAAAAAGGAUAAAACUGUAAAACGCCCUACGUUCUCAGACUGAUUACUUGAUUUCUUCUGUGAAAAAUCACAUGCUUCUACAGUAAGAAGUUCCAAAACUGAAGCCCAGUGCUCCGAGUUCUUGAUUUGAUACAUUGAAGUGUUCAAAAUGGUGUUUGAGUAGGGAAUUGAUCUAAUUUUUUUUUCAUGAGAAUAUAGUUGACUAUGCAAGAGUCUGCUCAUUUCUGGGGGAAUUUGCAUUUUAAAUUUAGCCCUUCUUUGCAGUAACUAAGUUGGUGUCAAACAUAUAUUUACAAGUUUAUGAAAACAUCUGUAUAAAAUCUAAGCACGGGCAAUAGCUAUGUUGCAGUUCUGCUCUUCUGAAUUUUUUUACUGGGAUUAUAGUUUCAUACAUUUACUAGGGACAAACUCCUGUGUAACUCAGCAGAAUUUAUUUGUAAGAACAUGUGUAACCUAUUAGUCUACAGUGCUAUGCAAUCGUUGAAUUCAAGAGGGUUUUUGAACACAUAGGACUGCACUGUUAGACACUACCCUGUUAUGCAAAAGCCAAGCCUACAAGCUUGGGAUUUAUCCAUUUCUUUGUAGAAUACAAAGUUCUUGGUAAAGUAUCAAGACUUUCACUAUUAGCACAAGGUAAAAACUAAGACUCUUGCUGGAAACACCUCAAGAGAGAGAUACAGAUACAGAUAUACAUGCAGAUCCUGCUGUCUGUGUAUGGUGACACCACCAGUAAGAGAUGUGUCAAGGGAAUCUUAUGGUGUGGGUUCAUUCAAUAAAAUACAUAUGAAAGAUA